CUAUUAUGUAGCGAAUUUUAAAAGCAACAUGUAUUCCAUUAUAUUCAAACAAGAACAAGCUCAUGAUGAUGGAAUAUGGUCAUGUGCUUGUGGUAAAGGAGAGAAAGAUGGAAUAGAUUAUGUUAUUACAGGUUCUGUAGAUGAUUAUGUGAAGUCUUGGAAAUGGAAUGAAGAUACUUUGGAAUUAAGACACACUUUUGAAGGUCAUGCUUUAGGCAUAGUUUGUGUAGAUAUAAAUCAUGAUGGUUCAGUUGCAGCAUCAAGUUCUCUUGAUAGCCACAUAUGUUUAUGGGAUUUACAAAGUGGGCAACAGUUGAGAAGUAUUGAUGCUGGUCCAGUGGAAGCUUGGACAGUCACAUUUUCGCCAGAUUCAAGGUUUUUGGCAACUGGUAGUCAUUCUGGAAAAAUUAAUUUAUAUGGAGUAGAAAGUGGAAAACAAGAAUCGUCACUUGAUACAACAGGAAAAUUUACUUUAAGUAUAGCCUUUAGUCCAGAUGGUAAAUAUUUAGCCAGUGGAGCAAUUGAUGGAAUAAUUAAAGUAUUUGACAUAGCUACAGGAAAAAUGGUUCACACCCUUGAAGGUCAUGCUAUGCCAAUUCGUUCUUUGACAUUUUCUAAAGAUUCUCAGCUAUUAUUAACUGGUUCUGAUGAUUGCCAUAUUAAAAUAUAUGAUGUUCAUCAUGCCAAUCUUGUGGGUACAUUAUCAGGUCAUGGUUCCUGGGUGCUUCAUGUUGAUUUCUCUCCAGAUAAUGUUCAUUUUCUCUCAAGUUCUUCAGAUAAAUCAGUGAAGGUUUGGGAUAUUGCAUCAAGAAAAUGUGCUCACACAUUUCAUGAGCAUACUGAUCAAGUUUGGUGUGCAAAUUACAAUAGCAAUGGUAGUAGAAUAGUUUCUGUUUCUGAUGAUCGGACAAUAGCCAUUUAUGACUGUCCUGUAUAAUAAAGUUAAAUUUGAACAUUUAAUAAAUUUUUUCAUAUUAAUUUUGUAUCAUUAAAUAUAACAAAAGAUUAUUACUUUAAUUUUUUUGUAUUAAUUUUUAUUGCUA